UAGUCCUUAUUCGCUGUUGUCUAGGGGCGGGGAAUUCGGGUGCUCCAAGUUACCGAGAGUCUGGGAACUUUUUUUUUCCAAAAGUUUGUCUAGCGGAGGUUGGGGUCUGGUCCGGUUCGUGUCGAAGUCGAAGCGAUUGGAGGGAGUCUGAGAGAUCCAGAGAAGGAAAGGGGGCGUGUGUGAAUAAGAGUAAAGGGAGUGAGGGGGGGGCAGUUCUUGCCGAAGGAGAGCUGUCACAUCCUGAGAGAGAGAGAGAGCGGUCUGGAGGCAGCCAAACCAACCCCUGGGUCUGGGGCUCAGGGCAGGAGACACUGGCCGGGACAGGGAGAGAGAGGAUGGAGAAUGAGGAGGGGGGCAAGCUGAGCGUGUGGCUGUGCCAGGAGGAGAAGCUGGUGUCGGGGCUCAGCCGGCGGACCACUUGUGCCGAUGUGGUGGCCGCUGUGCUGGAGGAGAGCCGGCGGAGCGGGGCUGCGGCUCUGUCCGGGGACCCCUCCACCUACUGCCUGGUGGAGAAGUGGAGGGGCUUCGAGCGGACCCUGCCCGACAGGACCAGGAUCCUGAGGCUGUGGAGCGCCUGGGGAGAGGAGAGGGAGCGGGUCACCUUCGUGCUGCUGAAGAGCCAGGCGGCGUCCGCCACGGGCAGCCCCCGCAGCGCCGAGGCCAAGGUGGUCCGCAGCUGCCAAGGGGGGGCGUCGGUGCGGGGGCCGGGCCGCCUCAGCCUGGCGCUGCUGCCCCGGCACAAGCAGAGGCGGGUGGUCCGCAAGGCCUUCCGCAAGCUGGCCAAGCUGAACCGAGCCAAGAGGAGGGCGGGCUGCCCGCCGGGGGCUGGGGCUGACACCAUGGAGACCCUGGUCCACCUGGUCCUCUCCCAGGACCACACCCUCCGCCAGCAGCUGCACCGGAUCCGGGAGCUGGACAGGGAGAUCGAGCGCUACGAGAGCAGCAUCCACCAGGACCGGGUCAGGAGGCACGGGGCCAACUACGUGCAGGACACCUACCUGCUGGAGCCCCCCGAGCGGGGGCUGGAGCUGACCCCGACCCCCGGCUCCUCCUCCUCCUCCCUCCCGGAGCUCCCCCUCCUGCAGCGGGAACUCUCCCGGCGCCAGCAGCAGCUGCAGCGCCUCCGCCUGGAGCUGGAGCAGGAGCUGGAGCUGAGGGGCGGCCAGGGAGAGGGCGCCGGGGGGGAGGAGCCGCCACCGCCGCCGCCGCCGCCGCCGCUGCUGCUGCUGGAGCAGGAGCGGCUCCGCACCCAGCUCAGCGCCAGCCUCUGCACCGGCCUCAGGCUGGACACCGAGCUGGAGCUGAGCACCCAGCAGCUGGCCGCCAGCCAGAGGCUGUACCAGCAGAAACACAGCGAGCUGCAGGGGCUGCUGGAGCAGCUCCACUCCCUGAGGCUGGACGGGGAGCAGGAGCACGGGAGGACAUGUGCCCAGGUCACUGAGCCCCAGGACACCCCCACUCUGGACAGCAGCAGCGCCUGGCUUGACCCCGGGGGGGUGUCCAGCAGCUGCCAGGUCCCUGAUGAAGACUCGGACACUGGCCUCAGCUCCAUGAACAGUCAGGAUUCCGACACCAUCCCAGUUUCUGAGUCUCUGGUAUAGCGCCGAAGGAAGCGGCGGUGAGCAGGACCACAGUCUCAGGGAGAGCCAAGCUGUGAACACCGAGUGAUUAAAGGGGAAACUGAUCCACAUUACCUUCACCAUGGGAGGAUGCAUUUCAGAUAUUUACUUCCCUUAAUAGAAAGGCACUGUAAUGAAACAAAUUGUAAUAAAUGUAAUCAUUUUUCGUUUGCAAAUUGAUGCUUGAUGUUGACCAGGUAUUCUUAUACAUAUAUGAGACAUGCCUAACGGUUAAUGGUGAAACACAGAUUGAAGCAAAUGUGAUAUAGCGGUAACAUCACCGGGCUCGUAAUCUUUAAACACGGGCUAGUGUUCUGUGGGCAUUAGUUCAAAACUCGCUAUAGCAGCUGGUGAAGAUAAAAGCCUGUAUUCUGUUUCCGUUCAGCUCUGGUUAGCUGUCAUCUUUAUCACAGGUUGGUUGUAAUAACCCUUAACUAUGACAUUGUUUUAAAGUCUUUCCACUGCGUUCAGGACAUUUGUAAAAUGUCCCAUUCUUUCCAUCAUCCGCUGUGGGAUUUAGAAUGAUUUUCAAUUCAUACUGUUCAUGCUCCUAUCAUUUUAAGUGCUAGCUUUCGAUAUGUUUUUCAGUGAAAGCAACAUGGACGAUCCCACCAUUAACCCUUCAGUAGAUAAAGGGGUUACAAUCCCCCAAACAUGUCUAGCUCAAAGUGUAACUCCUUACUCUUUUUAAAAAGGAGGCAGUAAGGGACAAAACACGGUUUCAAGGAUGAUACCGGAACAGAGAGGUUGGAGUUAGUAAAAUAAGGAGGGACAGGCUGAGAGUCUACGACGAGCAGAAGCAGUUCAGGAAGAUCAUGGCUGAUCUGAUCAUUCUCAACUCCAGUUUCCUGUCUUUUUCCAAAACCCUUUGGUUCCCUUUCUAUAUAAAAAAACUGUCUCAGCCUUCAACAUAAUUGAGGACCCAGCCUACAUAAUGCUUUGCAGCAACAAUUCUACAAAUUCACUAUCCCUCUGGAACUACCUCUUCAUCCCUGCCUUGAAUAGGCAACUCCUUGCUGUGAUUUGGUGCCCUCUGGUCCUAGAUUCUCUCACAGAGGGAAACGACUUUUCUUGUUAAGCCCAAGAAUAUUGUGUGUUUCAAUAAAAUCUCAUUCUCCAAUACAUAGGGGCGCAACUAACUCAAUGUUUCCUCGUAAGAAAAUCAUCCCCCCCCCCCCCCACUGUACCAAGAUGAAGCAAGUGAAUCUUGUAUGGAGUACCUCUAAUGCAAAAAUAUCUUUCUUUAGAUAAGGGCACCAAAAGUGUCCACAGUAUAACCUGAUGGUGAUAUUUACAAUAAAGAACAACUUAAGGGCAAUGCUACCACUUGAAAACCAAAAUUAGGAAAGAAUGAAUGUGUGGUAGCCACUAGUAAAUCCCAAUAGAAAAUUCAGGAAAAAAAAUCCAGUCUAGAGAGUGGCAGAAUGUGAGGCGAACAGUGUAAGUAUUUACGGGAGAUUAAACAAACAUGAGGGACAAAGAAAAGGAAUAUUUUGAUGGGGAGAAAUGAAGAUUUGAAAGCUCAUGCAAAAGUUUGGAGAGUUGGGCAGAAUGGCCAGUUUCUGUGUUUGUCAGCAGUUUCCAGUUCCACAAGAAACCGUGGGUGAUGUAAAAGAUACUGAAUACAGAGAAAAGAUACAAUGCAUUAGAUAAUUAACAUUGCCUUUUCUGUGUUAAACAGAUUGCGCAUAAUUCUCUAAUUAUACCUUUGCCUUUGGCUAUUAGAAUGUACAACUGGAAUUAAUUAUUUGUCCA